AAACUACCUAAACUUAAAAUUGUCUUCUUCUUUGCAGGAUAUGGAGACUUGGAUGAUUUUAAUCUGGAGGAUGCGCUGAAAGAAACUUCCUCAGUAAAGCAGAGAUGGGACCACAUCACCACUACUACAACGAGAAGGCCAGGAACAACUAGAGCACCGUCAAAUCCUAUGGAACUUGAUGGUUUUGACUUGGAAGAUGCCUUGGAUGAUCGGAACGAUCUAGAUGGCCCCAAAAAGCCAAGUACAGGAGAAGGAGGAGGUUGGUCAGACAAGGAUCUCGAAGACAUCUUGGGAGGCGGGGGAUACAAACCUGACAAGAAUAAAGGUGGCGGUGGUGGUUAUGGCAGCCACGAUGACCCUGGAUCCGGCGCAGUGACAGGCCCCGGCACCAUAGCGGGCCUGGUCAGCACCCUGGCCGUGGCCCUUUUCGGAGCGUUGUCGGGCUACCUCUCCUACCAGCACCGGAAGUUCUGCUUCAGCGUCCUGCGCGGCCUGGAGGAAGCCUACGUGAAGGGGGAGAACCUGGAAGCCGUGGUGUGCGAGGAGCCCCGGGUGGAAGCCUCGAUGUGCGAGGCGCCCCCAGUGACGGACUCGACACAACACACACAGCCUGCAGAGCCCCCGGCACCCGAGCCCCCGGCACCCGAGCCGCCCCGGAUCUGAGACCCUGGUCAGUGGUCAGCUCCCCGACACCGGAACCACCCCAGAUCUGAGGCCCUGCUUGGUGGUCAGCGCUUGGCACCCGGAUGUCGUCGGCCCAUCCUUUCCCUGGGUUCCUUCCCCGCCCCUGGCUUCUCCCCACACCGCAUUUUCCCUGCCAGCCUUGGGUGUGCGUGAGUUGCGAUUUCUGUGCCCUUCCGUGCGGACCGCGCUGACCACUGUGCAACGCGGACUCGUGAGAGACUCGGUGCCGAGAUCUGCGACCCCGGUUCGACAAGUACUGUGCGCACAUUUGUGGUUUUGCGCUGACCACUGAGUGCUGUGAAGAGUGCACCCAGCCGGCACCUGGUGCAUUCAGAGCCCACUUGAGACAAAUCAGACAGCUGCAACACAUGCUCACACACACACAUGUAACACACACGCACACAUAUGCACACAUAUGCA